GUAGUCAGUCGGUGUCAUUCGGAUUCCGAUAGCGUUGGACUAGUCGUCUUUCCAUUACACGCACACGAAUAAUAAUAAUAUUGUAAUCAUUUUCGUAUUUCAUUGUGCUUUUUUCCGUCCGUAUGUUUUGCUGGUGACGUACUGUUUGCCGUCGGUGUGAUUCGCCGUAUGCACGGCUUUUAUUUCAUUAAACAUAUUGUUCAGAGUGUAUUUAGUGUGAUAUUUUAAGAGUUCAACACCUGUAGAAGUUCGGGCAAGUGCCCGACUCUAAAUUAUUUUAGAAUGGCUGGAAAUAUGGGCAUGGAGCAGUUGAUACCUAUUGUCAACAAGCUUCAGGAUGCUUUCACACAACUUGGUGUACACAUGCAACUGGAUUUACCCCAGAUCGCUGUAGUUGGUGGACAAAGUGCAGGGAAAAGUUCUGUACUGGAAAAUUUUGUUGGAAGAGAUUUUCUACCUAGAGGUUCAGGAAUUGUAACACGUCGGCCAUUAAUUUUACAACUUAUUCAAAGUACAUUAGAAUAUGGAGAAUUUCUGCAUUGCAAGGGAAAAAAGUUUUCAGAAUUUGAUGAAAUACGACGUGAAAUAGAAGCAGAAACAGAUAGAAUGACAGGUUCCAAUAAAGGGAUAUCCAAUAUACCUAUCAAUCUUAGAGUAUACUCACCAAAUGUCCUAAACAUCACAUUGAUUGAUUUGCCUGGUCUCACAAAAGUGCCUGUUGGUGAUCAACCAGCAGACAUUGAACAACAAAUUAAAGAUAUGCUGUUCCAAUUCAUUACUAAAGAGACUUGUCUAAUUUUGGCUGUAACACCAGCUAAUACUGAUUUGGCUACUUCAGAUGCUUUACAAAUAUCUAAACAAGUUGACCCUGAUGUAUUAAACCUGACCCUUGUUGAUUUACCCGGCAUGACAAAAGUUCCUGUUGGGGAUCAACCACCUGAUAUAGAGUAUCAAAUUAGAUCUAUGUUACUUACUUUUAUUAAAAGAGAUAAUUGCCUAAUAUUGGCAGUAACUCCUGCUAAUCAAGAUUUAGCCAAUAGUGAUGCAUUAAAAAUAUCUAAAGAAGUUGAUCCAGAAGGAAUGAGAACUAUUGGUGUUAUCACCAAAUUAGAUUUAAUGGAUGAAGGAACUGAUGCUAGAGAUGUGCUUGAAAAUAAACUUUUACCUUUAAGACGUGGUUAUAUUGGAGUAGUAAACAGAAGUCAAAAAGAUAUUGAUGGCCGCAAAGAUAUUAAGGCAGCAUUAGCUGCAGAAAGAAAAUUUUUCUUAGGGCAUCCAUCGUACAGACAUAUGGCAGAUAGACUUGGAACACCCUAUUUGCAGAGAGUCCUGAAUCAACAACUUACAAACCAUAUUAGAGAUACAUUACCUGGCCUUCGAGAUAAACUACAGAAACAAUUACUUACGUUAGAGAAGGAUGUAGAACAAUUCAAAUAUUUUAGACCAGAUGAUCCUGCUGUAAAAACAAAAGCAAUGUUACAGAUGAUACAACAGCUACAAUCUGAUUUUGAACGCACAAUUGAAGGUUCUGGUUCUGCUCAGAUAAAUACAAAUGAAUUAUCUGGAGGUGCUAAAAUUAAUCGUUUGUUUCAUGAACGUUUUCCAUUUGAAAUUGUAAAAAUGGAAAUUGAUGAAAAAGAAUUGAGAAGAGAAAUAGCAUUUGCUAUAAGAAACAUUCAUGGUAUAAGAGUUGGUCUAUUUACUCCUGAUAUGGCUUUUGAAGCAAUUGUUAAAAAACAAAUUGCUAGGUUAAAAGAACCAGCAAUAAAAUGUACAGAUCUUGUUGUGAAUGAAUUAUCCAAUGUGGUUAGAAUAUGUACCGAUAAGAUGUCUAGAUAUCCUCGUUUACGUGAAGAAACUGAACGUAUUAUAACAUCUUAUGUCAGAAGUCGGGAACAACUAUGUAAAGAGCAAUUGAUUUUACUAGUUGAGUGUGAAUUAGCUUAUAUGAAUACAAAUCAUGAAGAUUUCAUUGGAUUUGCAAAUGCGCAACAGUCAUCCGAUAAUUCAAAUAAAACUCAUAAAUUAGGAAAUCAAGUGAUUCGGAAAGGUUGGAUGUGUAUUCAUAAUUUAGGUAUUAUGAAAGGUGGAUCUAGAGAUUAUUGGUUUGUUUUGAUGUCUGAAAACAUCUCCUGGUUUAAAGAUGAAGAGGAGAGAGAAAAAAAAUACAUGUUACCUUUAGAUGGUUUAAAAAUAAAAGAUGUUGAACAAGGAUUUAUGUCACGCCGACACACUUUUGCCUUAUUUAAUCCCGAAGGUCGAAAUGUGUAUAAGGAUUAUAAACAACUAGAAUUAAGUUGUGAAACCCAAGAUGAUGUUGAUUCUUGGAAAGCCUCAUUUUUGCGUGCUGGAGUCUAUCCAGAAAAAUCCUCGGAUACAUCUAAUAGUGAUGAGGAUGGUCGUGAGAGCAAUUCAGAAUCUACUACAUCUAUGGAUCCAGUUUUAGAAAGACAAGUUGAAACAAUUAGAAAUUUGGUUGAUUCAUAUAUGAAAAUUGUCACUAAAUCUUGUCGUGAUCUAGUCCCUAAAAUCAUCAUGCACUUGAUUAUAAAUAAUGCUAAGGAUUUUAUUAAUGGAGAAUUAUUGGCUCACUUGUAUGCAUCAGGCGAUCAGUCUCAAAUGAUGGAAGAAAGUGCAGAAGAAGCAGUAAAACGAGAAGAAAUGAUGCGUAUGUAUCAAGCUUGUAAGGAAGCUUUAAGAAUAAUUGGAGAUGUAUCAAUGGCAACAGUUACUACACCUGUUCCACCACCAGUAAAAAAUGAUUGGCUAGCAUCUAGUCUUGAUAAUCCUAGGUUAUCUCCUCCUAGUCCUGGAAGUGCUGGGCGUAGAGGAGUACCUUCAAAUCAACCUCCAACUAAUGCAGCUUCUAGAGCACCACCUCCUCCUCCAGCUUCAGGAAGACCCGCUCCUGCUAUACCUAAUCGACCUGGGCCAGAGCAAGGACGACAACCACCAGCUCCACCAGGUAGACCCGGAGGACAAGGUUUACCACCCCCAUUAAUUCCUUCACGCCGUUAAAUUGUGUCUUCAAGCAUGUCUUUGGUGGCCAGUUUAAAUCAGCAACUUCAUUAAUAAUUAAAUUAAUUAUUUCACAACCAUCUGAUAUCUACAAUAAUAAGCAAGCAAAAGCUUGAUUCUGAUUAUUAAAAUAGAUUAUUACUUUAGAAAUUUUUAACAUUAUUACACAAAAAAAUAAUUGAAAAGUUGUCUUUUUAACUUGACAUCGUUUAGUUAAAACCAGUUGUAUUUCAUACAGUAUAAAAAGUUAGAUUACUUAUCAUUGUUUAAUUUUGGUGAUUGUUAUAUGUUAUUUGUUAUUAAAUUCAAAAAAAAAACUUUAAAUUUCCCUAUAUUUCAUAUUUCUUUUUAAAUUUGAUAUUUUCAGUUUUAAGGUGAUGAUUGUGGAAUAUAAUAUAAAAUUACCAUAAAAACUUUAUGUUUAAUAAUUAAAUACUUUAUUAACAAAAAUUAGAUUAUUUAAUGUAGCAUAACAUACUUCCAUUAAAAAUUAAGAAAAAUGUUUUAAAUGGCUUGAUACAUACUUAAAAACUAACAAAAUAAAUUCAGGCGUUACAUUGAAAAAACUAAUUAUCACUUUCAUAUUUUUUUAACCCUCUUUUAGGAGUUAUAGAAAAAAAUUUAGAUAAAAAUAUUACUUUUUAUCCACCCUUCAAAAAAUGUUCUUUUAUUUACACAUGCAUAAUGUUGCAUGUUUAUUCAUAUAAUUUAUCACUUAAAAAUAUAUGUUUACAUUUUCUGUUUUUUAAUAAAUAUUUAAGUGUGGAAAUGCUAAAAUGUAGUUUAAAUUAAUUUGGCUGUAUAAGGUAAUGUGAUAUUAUUAUCAUGACAAUUUUUUCUCCAUUUAACAUAAAUUAUAAUUUAAUUCUAAUUUUUUUAAUCUUAAUCUUAAAAUAAUUUUUUUGUUAUAAACUUGUAUUUUUAAAAUUUUAAAUAUUUUUUCCUGAGGUUGUUUUAAAAUUUUCCUUUUCAAAAUUUAUAAACUCAUUUAACAUAUAAUUGUGUUAAAUUAAGUAUUAUAUUAAAGCAAAAAAAUUUAAUUUUACUUUUUAAAUCUUAAAAAAAUUCUUAUUUCUAUAAAAAAAUUAAAAUUAAAAAAAGUUUCUUUUUAUAGUAACUCUUAAAAAUUUUAUUUAUUCCUCAAUUUUUAGGAAUAUUAAAACUAUUUAUUAAAAAUAAAGUAUAAUACAUUUUAUUUGUACUGAUAUUUAUAAUAUUUGUAUAGUAUACUUUUUUUUAAUGAUCAUCUAUAAUAGAAAUAAGUUAAAAGCAUUUUGAUUCUUGGCCAGUUUUUUUUAUUGGUCUAUACUACAUCAUAUCCUAAUUAAAGUAGUAGCUUAUUGGGAAAGAAUUUGAAAUAACCUAGUUAUAAAUUCAUAUUAUUAUGGUGAUAAAUUGGAAUAAUAGGCGAGGAUCUAUGCCACAAAUACCACAACGAGUGCAGCAAGCAGUCGGUCAAGCAGUAGCACAAGUAGCUGUAAAUGAGCUCACUAAUGCUUUUGCCAACCGUUUUAAAUAAUCUGUGGAUAUGUCUAACUGGUGAUAUAAAAAAUAUG